UUCUCUCUCUUCUUUUUCUUUCCUUUUCUUCCAAAUAAUCUAAGUUUUCUUGAGCAAAGCAAAAGGCAUAUUUGGAUUUAUGAAUUGGUUAAACAAAAGGUAGGUAGGAAAGAAGAGAAAAAAAGAAUAAAAAAAGGUGUUAAAGCUCAAGAAAUAGAAUGAAUUACUUGUACUUCUAAAUUCAACAAAGAAUCCAGUUCCUAUUACUACAUUGUUUAUAAACAAAAACACACUUGACUUCUUUUCCAAAACCAAAAUCAGCAACUUCCUACUAUUCCAAUUAUGGAGUACUCUAUCCACCAAGACUUGAUCCAAAGCUAUGAAGAAGAAGAAGAAGACGAGGGCAAUGCCACCGAAUCAAAUUUCUUGUACGUCGCCAAUGCGAUCCUCAGUGGCACAGCACGUCUCAACGUUCUGUUGCCUACUGCAACCAUCCUCGCCUUCACCAUCUUCGCUCCUCUGCUAACCAACGAUGGAGUUUGCACUACUUUGAAUCGGUGGCUAAUGGGUUGGUUUGUUGCCCUCUGUGCAGCCUCCUGUGUGUUCUUCACCUUCACUGAUAGCUUCAAAACAGCCUCCGGGAGAUUGUACUAUGGUGUGGCAACCUUCAGAGGAAUAUGGACUUUCAAUGCCUCGAGAAAGAAGCCUUGCCUGCCGUCCGAUUAUCGGUUGAGAUGUGCUGAUUUUUUCCAUGCAUUGCUUUCUUUGGUUGCCUUUCUUGCAUUUGCAGGGUCGCACAUUGAUGUUGUGGGGUGUUUUUAUCCUGCAUUGCCUAGGAAAGUCACCAACACCAUGCCUCUUGUGGUUGGUUUUAUUGUAAGUGUGUUGUUUGUGGUGUUUCCUUCUAAGAGAAGAGGAAUUGGCUACCCUUUCUUGCUGCAUAAGGAUGCCUUGUACUCUAGAUGUUGAUACAAGAAUUUGAUUUUGAUUACAAUCUUUCUAAAAUAUUGGAAUGACUUUUUUACUAUUUUCGAAAAAUUAAUAUUAAGUUUUAGUUCAUUCCCUUUCUAUUCCUCUGUGUUUUUAUUGCUUCCAAUUUCCAUGUUGAACG